CCUACUUUAGUUCCCACACAGGGACGGGGCAUCCAGACCGAGUGGGAGAUAGGCAGAAGCUUGGAGGGAAAUAAUAUCUGCAGUGACCCAAAGUUCAGAGGCAGAACCACUGGGCUCCAUUUACCUCCUCAAGAGACCGUGACCUGAAGGUUGAGCUCAAGGACGCUCCCAGCAAGUCACUGAAGUUUUCCCCUUGCUCUACCUGCUGACCUCUGCUUUCCCCUGAUUACUCCCGAAAAAUGGAGCGGUCCACACAAGAACUUUUCCUCAACUUCAUGAUUGUCCUGAUUACUGUAUUGCUCAUGUGGCUCCUUGUGAAGUCUUACCAGGAGUAAAAGACAAUCAGAAACUCUGGGAGGUGAUUUAGGUGCGUGUCUCAGCAGACACAAGUAACACCCCCAGCACCCCGCUGUGAUUAGCUUUCAGUCAAUUGAAGAUGUGAAUUUUUUUUACUCUCUCAUACUUGUUGCCCGUGCUAAUGUCUGUGAUGGGUCUAUGAUGGUGUAAUUAUUUUAUUCUGCAGUGAUCCAGCUGUAAAAUGUAAAAUGCAAGAUCCUUAGGAACUGUUUGAUGUGCUGUCUCCUACAGUAGUUCCUGUGAAUGCCGUAGCCCCCUGCCCGCCAUGCCGGCUUGUUUAGUGUCAAUGUUAGGUUCUCGAGGGUAUAAAACUGCAGUAUGCAAUGUAACCGUCUGACUUAGCCAGCGUUAAGAGGCACAAACUUGCUUGGCACAAACUCUCUUAGCAGAAAGGAAUGUGAAACCUCUGCUUUCACUUGCUCAUUUCACUUAAAUAAAAAACAUGUAAAACCA